AUGGGUGCGUUCAGCGCUUUCGUCACCCGCCGAAUGGAUCCCGAGGCCGCAGAGAAUAGCGGCCUGCGGAGAUGGCGCAGACGUGCGAAUACGGUCGCAGGAGGUAAGUUCGUUUCGUCUGGCAAGGCUUGGAAGGGCGGUGAUGCUGACUUGGCGUCGCGCAAAGGUCAGGACGGCCAGGACGUCAAGAAAUCUUGGGCCAAGCGUGCGGCGAAGGGACUCUGGGAGCGUGUCCACAACCGUGACGGUCGAUCGAAGGAUGCGGAGGCGACUGGGACUGCCUUGAGGCGCCAUGGGAGUACCGAUCCUUCUACGGGGAUGGGAACACAGCUGCUGAUCUCUGCCCCCGUGGCUUUCCAAUCCGAUGACGUUCCGGAGUGUUCUAUUCGCGAUAACGAUGCAGCUGCGAUCGAGGACCUCGGAAGUGUACCAGUACUAGUAGAGUAUGCGCAUGGACAGCAGCAUCUCGCGAUUGAAUCAUCCUCUUCCACAGCCGACACCGUUUCCUCAACGACCAUUAUCACCACCCACUUCGGAAGCCCGCUGACACUGUUUCCUCGUCAUACACAUGCGCGAAAUCCCACAUCAGACUGGAUCCCAGCUUCCACAAGCCCCCGUAUCUCGGAGGUCUCUACCGCUAUCGAGUCGCCCUCGGGUUCUGAUCUGUCCGUUGACCACUACCACGAGCUCAUCAACAGCAUCGAACGUUUUCACUUCGCUCUCCUUGUGGACUCCAGCACCAUUGACAACAUUUGCGGCGACGUACGAGAUGUACUUGAGAUAGCUAGCAAUAACUUGCUGACCGUCGGAUGGGAUCUACAAAGGCUUCUGGUCAUCUGGCGUAAGCUCACCGGCAACGCAGCGAACGUUGCUGUGCUUGAGAUGCUAGAACCCUGGGCCCUUGUAGGCAAGGAGCAUCUCGUGAAAGCCUGCGCAGACAUGAAGAAAGGACUUCAGUCCUAUCGGGACUGGUCGGACAUCGUGGCUCGCAACAAGAGGAUAGCGCAAUCUCAGAACGCGAUCAGUCAUGAGUGGUGCGCAGCCUUGAACGACAAGAUGAAAGCGCUCGACGUGCUCGAAGCGCUGGACUUUGACGAUGUUGCUGCUCAGGUAGAGUUUGUCAUGAGAAAGUACAUCGGUGCUGGGGAGGAAGUCGCGACUCUAGUUAUGCCAGUCGCCUACGCCUUCCGCACCCACGUCAAGGCCAUCACUCCCAGCAGCCUCGGUGCAAUACGGGGACCAGCCUACUCCGGCUGUAGCGAGAGCCCCCAGCCAUAUCCAGCCUGCAACAGCUAG